GUCUGGGAUGCGCCAAUCACGAAAGACUACAUUGAGAGGAGGACCUGCUGCCGUGCCGUCUUUGUGUUGACAUCUUCAGGUUUAAGAGUGUUUGAAUGGAUAUAACCAGGUGCACGGAGAAAUGGGUAAAACAAGACAAGGAGAGGCCUCCGACAUCUUCCAUAAUGCUGUCUAGCAAGAAGUCAGAUGCUGGCUCCUCUUCCUCCUCUUCUUCUGCCGGAGCAGUGGGUGAUAGGGCUCCAAUAUCAGAUGCUCAGACUGGUUCCUCAGCCUCAUCUGCAGGAGCUUUAGAUACAAAAAAGAAGGAGAGGUCAUCUCCUAGUGGGGAAGCUGGGGGGGGGCCUUUGCCUCAUCAAGCAGGUCCUGGGGGGGCAGACCCGGACUCAGCUGAAGUCCGCAGGACGAGUCGCCGCAAGCGAGCAAAAGUGGAGUACCGCGAGAUGGAUGAGAGCCUGGCUAAUCUGUCGGAAGACGAAUAUUACUCGGAGGAAGAGAGGAAUGCCAAGGCAGAAAAGGAGAGGAAACAGGUCAUUCCUCCCCCAGCUCCACCCGUAGAGGAGGAGAACGAAAGUGAACCAGAGGAACCGUCUGGUGUGGAAGGGGCUGCGUUUCAGAGCCGUCUUCCCCAUGACCGCAUGACAUCCCAGGAAGCCGCCUGCUUCCCUGACAUUAUCAGUGGUCCCCAACAGACUCAGAAAGUGUUCCUCUACAUCCGCAACCGUACACUCCAACUGUGGCUGGACAACCCUAAGAUCCAGCUGACCUUUGAAGCCACAGCACAGCAGCUUGAAGCUCCUUAUAACAGUGAUGCAGUUCUGGUUCACAGGAUACACAGCUAUCUAGAAAGGCAUGGACUCAUUAACUUUGGCAUUUACAAGAGGGUCAAGCCUUUACCCACUAAGAAAACAGGCAAGGUUAUUGUCAUUGGUGGGGGUGUGUCCGGUUUGGCUGCAGCCAGGCAGCUACAAAGCUUUGGAAUGGAUGUUACAGUACUGGAGGCCCGGGAUCGUGUUGGAGGGAGGGUGGCCACUUUUAGGAAGGGCAACUAUGUUGCUGAUCUGGGAGCCAUGGUCGUGACAGGACUGGGGGGAAAUCCCAUGGCAGUAAUAAGUAAGCAGGUUAACAUGGAACUGGCCAAGAUCAAACAGAAGUGCCCACUUUAUGAAGCCAAUGGCCAAGCAGGUGAACGGUGCACAAGUGUGCCAAAAGAGAAAGAUGAGAUGGUGGAGCAAGAGUUUAACAGAUUGCUAGAGGCCACCUCAUACCUUAGUCACCAGCUGGACUUCAACUUCCUCAACAAUAAGCCCGUUUCUCUGGGACAGGCCCUGGAGGUGGUCAUACAGCUGCAGGAGAAGCAUGUCAAAGACGAACAGAUAGAACACUGGAAAAAGAUUGUAAAGACUCAGGAGGAUCUCAGGGAUCUACUCAACAAGAUGGUGACAGCUAAGGAACGCAUUAAGGAGCUCCAUCAGCAGUAUAAAGAGGCCAGCGAAGUCAAACCACCGAGAGAUAUCACAGCAGAGUUCCUGGUGAAGAGCAAGCACCGUGACCUCACUGCACUGUGCAAAGAGUACGAUGAGUUGGUGGAGUUGCAGGUCAAACUGGAGGAGAAGCUACAGGAGCUGGAGGCCAAUCCACCAAGUGAUGUUUACCUGUCAUCCAGGGAUCGGCAGAUCCUAGACUGGCAUUUUGCCAACUUGGAGUUUGCCAACGCUACACCCCUCUCCACCCUUUCUCUGAAGCACUGGGAUCAGGAUGAUGACUUUGAGUUCACUGGCAGUCACCUGACAGUAAGGAAUGGAUACUCUUGCGUUCCCGUGGCCCUGGCGGAGGGUUUGGACAUCAAACUAAACACAGCCGUGCGGCAGGUCCGAUACACAGCAUCCGGCUGUGAAGUCAUUGCUGUGAACACUCGCUCCACGACGCAGACCUUCAUAUACAAGUGCGAUGCCGUGCUGUGCACUUUGCCCCUCGGUGUGCUGAAGCAGCAGCCACCUGCUGUGCAGUUCGUUCCCCCGCUGCCCGAGUGGAAGACGUCUGCCAUACAGAGGAUGGGCUUUGGAAACCUCAACAAGGUGGUGUUGUGUUUUGACCGCGUGUUCUGGGAUCCCAGCGUCAACCUGUUUGGUCAUGUCGGCUCCACCACGGCAAGUCGGGGCGAGCUCUUCCUCUUCUGGAACCUCUACAAAGCUCCAAUCCUGCUUGCUCUUAUGGCGGGUGAGGCUGCUGGCAUCAUGGAGAACAUCAGUGAUGAUGUUAUUGUUGGACGCUGCCUGGCCAUUCUCAAAGGAAUAUUUGGAAGCAGCGCUGUACCCCAGCCAAAGGAAACCGUAGUCACGCGGUGGCGAGCCGACCCCUGGGCGCGAGGCUCCUACUCGUACGUCGCCGCAGGUUCUUCGGGGAACGACUACGACCUCAUGGCACAGCCCAUCACACCCGGCCCGGCUAUACCCGGAGCCUCGCAGCCCGUCCCCCGCCUCUUCUUUGCCGGCGAGCACACCAUCAGGAACUACCCGGCCACCGUCCACGGCGCCCUGCUCAGCGGGCUCCGCGAGGCCGGCCGCAUCGCGGACCAGUUCCUGGGCGCCAUGUACACGCUGCCCAGACAGGCCGCUCCCACCGCUGCCAGCAACCCUCAGCAGCCGCAGCCCACCCCCAGCGUCUGAAGCGGCCCCUCACACUUCCUGCCAACACAAAACUGUCCGGACAACUACAGCAGUUCACGGGAGAACUUUUGCACAUGCGCAGCUCACAUUUCUGUAUGUGAAGUCCUUCAGUCUGGAAAGAAUUACACUUCCUGGUGCAUUUAUACAGUGAUUUUUAUUUCCUUUGUAAGUAGGCACAUUCCUAACAAAAUGUGAGAACACACACACAUACCUACAUCUGUCGACUAGAAAAAAGCCUAACUGACUAAAAAGUAGGCUGUCUGUAAAAACGAGGAGGAGAAAAACCAAACUUGCAUCACGUACUGGUGCAAGUCUUAAAAAAGGAGCGAGGCAUUAUUUUUGGUACUUAGUGUUUCAGUGUAAAUGAUACCAUGUGGAGCUUGCUUGCGAUACUCAACAUUUAUUUAUGUGCCCCUGUGCGAGUGGCGAAGCAAAGGCUAAAAAUGUCUCUACUACUUGUACACACGAGCUAAAAGCAGACGUUCUACGAGGCAAACGACCACCUCAGCACAGGCCCGGUCCGCUAAAGGCACGUCUCCUCUAGUGUCAUUCCCGAGGCCUCGUCUGCUUUGUCCUAAGCCUUCAACCUUUGCUCUCUACUUUAGCUGUGUGCCUCGUCAAUGUAGGUUUCAGGAAAUAGUAAAAAUAGUUGAAUUAAAAACUAAAAGAUGCUUAUGUUGAAAGAAUUGUGAAUGUUUCUGUUGCCAUAGCGGUUGUAUUUUUAUUAUCACAUAUUAUGUCACUUUUUUUAUAUUGUCGGUUGUUUUGUUAUUAAAAGGAGACAGAA